AUGACCACAGACUUUUUGCAAGAAAUUGUUAAUCACAAAUUAGUUGAUGAUUACAAAGGUGUUGUCAAAUUCUAUGGAAUUUCUCGAGACCCUCAAACCAAUAAUUACAUAAUCGCAAUAGACUAUAAAGAAGGGUUAGGGUCGAUUCAUCAGCAAGGAUUAAUCCAUCGAGAUUUUCAUAGCGGAAAUAUAUUAAAUAUUAAUAAUUCUGUUCAAUGUUACAUCACUGAUUUAGGCUUGUCCCGACCUGCUAAUUAUCAACUAGAAGAAGGUCAAAUUUUCGGUGUGCUUCCUUAUGUAGCUCCAGAAGCUUUGCAAGGUUAUCCUUAUACCCAAGCCUCUGAUAUUUAUUCUUUUGGAAUAGUAGCCUAUGAAUUAUUAGCUAAUGCUUAUCCCUAUCCAAAAAUGGAAGAUAUAGAUUUGGCUUUAAAAGUUUGCGAAGGAUAUAGACCUAACAUAGACGAAUUAAAAAUACCUCAACUACUCAAAGACUUAGUUAAAAGAUGCAAGGUUACUCCUUUUGCUCAGCAAUACCAAAAAGUAAAGGAUGAUUUUGACGUUUUUUAUAGAAUUUACCAAAUUUAUCCUACGGCGAUUACAACUAGCAAAAUGAUAGAUACUAAAGAAAUAACGCAAAAAUUGCAAAGUUAUCAAGCCUCUAAAGAUUUAGAACUAGAUAUCAAUAAUUUUGAUGAACUUAAUUUACAGGAAGAAUGUGCAAAGCAAAGUUCCAAAGCUACAGGAAUUAGCAAGCAUUACGUUAGGAAAAGACAAAGCACUGACUUGGCAAUUAAGUCUAAAAGACAACUUUCUCUCGAAUCACAAACCAAAACUGCUCAAGAAAAAACUAAAUUAAUAAAAGCAACUAAAGAACCAGAAUAUCAAUCAGAACCCAUGGAAAUCGACCACCCCCUUGAUAACUGA